UCUGCUUUCCGGAGGGGAGAAAAAAAACCUUCCCAGGUGAUUGUGGCUGGGCUGGGUGUGACCCUUAAGAAUGUCAAACAAAGAGAGAGUGGCUGGCUGCUUGUCCUAACGGGGGAAUAGAGGAUUUUACCAUCCGUGUUAAUUUCCCACAGCAAGCACAGCAGUCAGCCGGCGUGGAAACAACGGCCCUCACCUGCUCUCUCUGACAGCACUGACAGUGGAACGGGUGGAGGGAUGUUUGACACACUGUAUGAGUGGUUCUGGUGGGAAAGAAUAUGGCUGCCUGUGAACCUGACAUGGGCUGACCUGGAGGACAGGGAGGGCUGGGUCUAUGCCAAAGCCUCACACCUCUACGUCACUGUCCCCUACACCUUUGCUUUCUUACUCAUCAGAUACCUGUUUGAAAGGUGGAUAGCAACACCAAUUGCUGUCUCUGCUGGGAUCAAGCAAAGAGUCCAUCUGAAAGCAGAAGACAACCCCAUCUUGGAACAUUACUACAUUACUCAGUGUAGAAAUCCUGCUCAGGCAGACAUUGAUGGGCUGUCUAAGAAAAGCAGUUUGUCAGUGAGACAAGUUGAACGCUGGUUCAGAAGAAGACGCAGUCAGGACCUUCCCGGAGUCCUAAAGAAGUUCAGAGAGGCCAGCUGGAGGUUUGUCUUCUACCUGUUGGCGUUCAUAGGAGGAAUAGUAGCACUGUACGAUAAAGAAUGGUUUUAUGACACUCGGGAAGUGUGGACAGGUUUUCCAAAGCAGUCCAUGCUGGAGUCUCAGUACUGGUAUUAUAUCUUGGAGAUGAGCUUCUAUGGCUCUCUUCUCUUAAGCGUUGCCUUUGAUGUCAAGAGAAAGGACUUUAAGGAGCAAAUCAUCCACCACUUGGCCACACUGGUUCUCUUAUCAUUUUCCUGGUGUGCCAACUACAUUCGUAUUGGAACACUGGUCAUGAUCGUCCAUGAUGCCUCUGAUGUUUUAUUGGAGUCUGCCAAAUUAUUCAACUAUGCCAAAUGGGAGAAAACCUGCCAAAGUCUUUUUGUUCUGUUUGCCAUGGUGUUUAUGGUAACACGACUGAUCAUCUUCCCAUUCUGGCUGAUCCACUGUACCUGGGUCUACCCUGUUCAACACUACCCUGCCUUCUUUGGCUACUACUUCUUCAAUGUGAUGCUGGUGGUCCUUCUCUGUCUGCACAUAUUCUGGGCCUACCUCAUUCUCUGCAUGAUCAGAAAAUUCAUGUUUGGCACUCUGACCAGAGAUGAGAGAAGUGACAUUGAAGAGGAAGAAGAGGAAGAGAGCAGCCUGACAGAGGAUGAAUGUAAGGACGAGCACAAGCUUGGCAAUGGAUUGACAGUUGGUGAGAAGAAGGACAAGAGAAACGGCUUUCAGUGCUCGUCUCCACCAGAGAACAUCUGCCGGUCAAAGACUGUGUACUGACUUGUGCUCAGUAUGAUCACUAGAGCCAGAGAGAUGUGAGAAAUAGAACAAUGGCAAAUUUUUUCAAAACAUUUCAUACAAUAUGGACCAAAAAAUAAGUUUCUUCAGAUGCUGGAACACAAAGCCCAGAAAAUUGCUUGCUGUUUUCACAGUGCUUUGAACUGCACACACGUACAACGAGAGACUUUAGCUGUAUUCGCACAGGACUAGUAUUACCAGGGGACCUCAUGUGAUUUACAAAUAACUCCCCCACAUCUUUGCUUCGUGUAGCACAUUCGAGGUACCCCCCAGGUUUCCACAAGUUAAAUUUAAGACUUUUUAAGAACAUUUAGAAUCAAAUUUAAUACCUUAACUUCAUGGCCAUACUAGCAAAAGUAUAUAGGAUAUUACGGAAUAUCAGAAAGGAUUUGACGCUAUAAAAAGAGUUAUUUACCAAGUACUUAAAUUUAACAUUUUAUUGUAGUACUCAUAGCAAGUAUGCAUACAUGCUUUGUGACGAAACAAUGGAGUUAUUCAAUCGUAUGAAAGGACAAUACAUAUUUUAGACCUUUGUGAACUAAAUUUAAGACUUUCUAAAGAAAUUUAAGACUUUUAAGGCCUUAUUUUUGGAAUAUUUAUUUUUUAGAGUUUUAAGACCCCGCAGGUACCCUGGCGAAAUAUGGUGGGUAAUUAGUGGUGGACAGUGUUGGGGAGUAACGGAAUACAUGUAACGGCGUUACGUAUUCAGAAUACAAAUUAUGA